AUUUCUACCGGUCGUAUUCCUUGUUUAUGUUUUCUUUACAUGCCCGGGCGUGGCAUCACUUGUAUUGUUACUUGCAGUAGAAGUAGAAAAUCUUCGACUUCUACUUAGCAACGAGUUUUGACUACAUCAUAGCUGCGUUGCCAGGUAGCUAGCCGUCUAAUCCGUACAUAAUACCGGCAAUGAAAAAUCGAAAUGUUGGUCGCGUCCUGUACUAGUGCUCCGCGUUCGUCCUCGUCGUUUUCAGCAUUGUCGUUCCAGAGUUCGAGUUCCCGCUGGAACGACGGGGACAUAGAUGCAGUUUCGCUUUCUAAUUCUGGUCCCCGGCCACGGCGACCGGGAGCGAUGGCCGUAUUUGAAAAAGAGCAUCGAGACGCUGCAAAACAGCUUCUCCCGGAGCCAAUAUUUUUCGGCGCGGGACGUGGACUGUGCCAUUUUCACUUGGCGAAAAAGGGAAGAAUACGACCUGGAGCGGAUCGUUCAUACACAUACACAAGAGCUCCACGACAGCGGCCUUGCUACCACCUCGCGCGCCACGCACUCACCCCCAGCCCCUCCGCACAACGGUACCGGCGUGCAUCGCUGCGCCGUGGUGCGAAACGAACAAGCACACUACCAGAACGCUCUGUGGAACGCGUAUGAGCAGUUUAUCAAGGGGGUAGGAACCGGAACCACGAACAGAAAAAGCGAAAAUUAUGAAAACAAAACCUACUAUGACUAUGUUUUGGUUCUGCUCGACGACGUGCAUGUGGCGCGCUUUGAUCCGGACUUUGUGUUUCCGGUGAUUUGGGAGAAUGAGCUGGCCGUACUCCAGCCACACUCCUUGUGCGCGGCGAGCUCCCGGCUCCCGCGGGACUACUGGCUCGAUUCCCUGGCCCACUACGCGAUUCCCGGGUGGAAUUCCCGCACGUUUGAGAUGCAGUUCACCGUUUUCGCCAACGCCGCCUUCGCCUGUUUCGCGGAGGAGACAUUGAAAAACAUUGGCCACGUGAAGGGCGGCUUUGAUAAACUCUUCUUCUGGGCGUGCGGAGGCGAAAUGUCCAGGAUUGCGCGCACGGAGUGGCGCCCGCGGAAGCUGGAGUUGUUGGAACACGCGAAGGGAGUGCGACGGAGGCCGUACUACACAACGACGGUGACUACAAGACCUGCUUCAUCCGCGAUAACAUCAAAUCACGUUGAGGCAGUACCGGAAUUUCCACCCAAUGAUGGUCAUGUUGGUCCUCCUGCAGGUACUACUGUUCAUCUUUCGGAUCAUGUUCAUGCUCCAUAUUCCGGAAGCCGAGAUGUAAAAACGUUGUUAUCCGCACCACCACCAUCCUCCGCUUCCCUGACCCCGAAGCAAGCCUCGGAUAUGGAUUCUGCGGACCAUUUUUGGCAGCACAAGUGGGGCGAGGUGCCCUACGACCAUUGGCGCGAGGCGGUGGAGGGUCGGGUGAUUGACCCGGGGAAUUCCGUGAUGGAGCAGACGGUGCAGGUGACGCAGCUGCGCAAGUCGCAGUAUGACCACAAAAUUGUCUUUCCCGUGGGCCACAUGUGGUUCCGCGCGAUCUCCCUGCAUUUGGUCUGGGCGGUCUCUAUCCAGGAAAAAACACCCAUCCCCAUCCAAUUUGUCAUGCAAAACCUGGAUAAAGUGCAGUGUUUGUCAUGCUAAAUAUGGAUGGGGAUGGGUGUUUUUUUCUGGAUAGUCUCGCAGGGCAUGCUCUACAUGGCGCGCGACAACGAUCACCUGCUGACCAAGGGGGAAAAGCGAAAGUCCACGCAGCUGCGGAAAAACGUUCGGCUACUCGGUGAAUUGGAAAGUGGUAGUACCAGCGAGAUAAUUGGAACUGCAGAAGAUCGUCAUCUCGAUCGUCCUGCAGAGGACCAAGCAAAUGAGCAAGUCCCUUUUUCUUCUCCCGAAAGAAAGGGAAACCACGCUGAAGAGGAUCUCCUUCCGCAGGAGUUCUGGAAUUUCUCCCUCGUGAAAAUGCAGCGGAUAUCAAAAUGAAAAAUCCUCCCUCCCCGUAUCAAAUCGUAAAUCUGUGAUGCAAGAUUUGUGUACACAAAUCAGCUUUGUCUUGCAGUAGUCGUAGAGGUCUCACCGCGCGCAGAUACAAAGCCUGAGCUGGGCCUUUUUGGUGUAGGCGCCUAGCGAGGGAGGCUUAUCCUCUGCACGCCCUACAGCAUUACAAAUUGCGCCCACAAAGCGCGGCGGGGUCUCUGGCCUUGCUUUCUUGCAAUACAGAGACGAUUCGCGUCUGCAAAUCAGCAUCGCAAAUAUUCAGAAGUGUCUCUUUUCAGUAUGGGCAGGGGGAGUUUCUCCUUACGAUAACGGAAGUACAUGGCGGAGAUGUUUGUGAACUGGCGAAAGGAGGUCGUGGCUCUCUGCGCCGCCACGGGAGUGCGGUACUUCUCGAGCAGAAAUGUACGCACGUGUUCUGGUGUAAAAGUCUAUAGUGCGUCCUCGGACUCUAGUUGCAAUUUGAAAUUAUGCAUGUUGACGGCCACAAGCUUUCUUGUUCCCAUUGCCAAGCAAAAUCGGCAUUACAGGUUCCAUUAGUGUUCUUUCUAAUGCCUCUCGAAAGCAGACGAGAACGACUCAAUUUGUAAAUGCAAUUCUUUUUACGUCGUCGUGCGAGGACACUGUUUUUCACUGUUGCCCUGCAUAAAGCGCCACGACGGUGGAGCGAUACCAUGAGUGGCUCUUGUCGGAAAAGAGCUGUUUGCCUAUGGACUGCAAAAGUAUCGUACUCGUAUAAAGAAAUGCAUUAGCAUGAGAAAAAAAAUUUGUCAUGCGGAUUUGCCUUAAGACAAAGAUUUGUAAUGCAAGACUUGCAUUUAUACGAAUACGAUACUUUUGCACAGGAUAUUGCCCGACAAGUACCAAUUUCAGCUUCACCAAAUGCAGCGCUCGGGAAAGCCGAGACUGCUGGUCGCACUCGACGCACUGUUCGCGCCAGUUUCAGAGGCGGAGGUGGCCUGGCUCCGGCGAGAGAGCCGCUCUGAUCUACUUGAUGUUGCCGGCGCAGGGACUUCUACAACAGUACCCGAGGAAAUAGAUGUUGCUGUCGAAGUUGAACAAGUGCUCAAGUUUGAAACCUUUUCCCAGCUUCUGCGACGGUUCGCCACAACGGAUGGAGCCGCGGUGUUGACCAAGAGCGCGGCCGCGCCGGGCGCUGCAGCAUCUUCAGUAGAAAAUCAUAAACCUGAGCCAGACGAAAGCCAAAGUAGUGCUAUUGUCGACAAAAAAAUAAAAAUUAUCCGGUCCCUUCCUGACCUGAUUUUCCGACUAGAUAAAAAGGCACUCUCCGAAUUUCUCCACCACGUUAUCGUCGAAACGGGCGGCAUAUCCUGUGCAAAAGUACCUUACUCGCAGUAAAAGUAAUUCUCAUUGCAGUCAUGCAUUACAAAUCUUUUUCUUAACGUAGAUCCGCAUGACAAAUUCUGUUUCUCAUGCUGAGUCAUGCAUUUAUACGAGUGCGAUACUUUUGCAGUUCAUACGGCACCCAGCCUUGGCCCGUGGACUCGCUAUUCACAAAGCGGGCGAGUUUGAUUUUUGAAAGUUUUCUGCACUCGGACGCGCAAAAAUUUCUCACUGGUGCGCUAUCCUUCGCGCUCGCUUUGACCACAGACUUCUCCGUCGAAACGGAGCUUCUGCCCCGCCCGCUGCGCGAGCUGACGAAGACCCGUUUUUUACCCAGAAGAACCUACCUCGACGAACUCUCCUUGCACAUGAGCCGGUCGCAGAAACAGAAUUUGAUGCACAGUUUCAUGUUUGACCAGGAGCGGGACGAGGUCGCGGCCGGUGCUGCCGGUGAAUCCUUUGUAGCGCCACCUGUUGUUGUUUCGGAGGACGACGCGUCUUCACGAGGACCGCCAGGUCCUCAUCGCGGCGCGCCUUCAAGUAGUAGAACUACAACUACACCGGUUGUACUAUCCCAUAGAAGUACAAAGACCAGCUCCUCGUCAACUACGUCUAAAAAAGUUGCCUUCAGCCAACCCCAGCAACUGGGGUCGGAAUUCAUUGGGCGCCUGCCACUCGCGUCGUCCUUUGGGAGCGUUGCUGUGGAAGAGAGCGACGCUGGUGGAUCGCCGAGCCGCGAUCCAGCAUUGCCAUUGCCAUCCGCAGAAGAUGAUCAUGAUGUUGAUGUAGAGCAGCAAAAUUCAUCCGAGCUCGUCCGCAAGCAGCAAGUGUACGAGCAAAUGCUGAACGAAACCUACUACUUCGACCGGGCGCUCAAAUUUGACCCCUUCGCGUAUGGAAGCGUCAGGAUCGAAAUCGACAAAGUCGAAAAAUUUGCAAUGCGUAAAAUGAUGGGCACGCAAGGCCUGUGUUGGGGAGCAGGCAAAUGAGACCGAUAGCAGGCCUGUUUAGGGGAAGACGAUGUGCUGCCAGAGUAGCAUGACAGCAGCAGUCUUCUUCGUCCAAACAGCAUGACAGACUGGAUCUUGGUGCUCCCGAAAUUUCUCAUGCGCCACUUGAAAACUGAGGCUCUAACUGGCAUCGAUUUUGUGCAUCACAAGUUUUCCGAUUUGGUUAAUUUCGAUUCUGACACAUCCAUAUCGCGGUGGCGCAGUAUAAUCUUGACAAGGAGAAAAACAAGAUGCAGCUGAACAAGCAGAAGCCGAACCAGAACCGGCGGAAUGUGUUCACGAAAAAGAUGGCGGUGGGAGAGAGCAGUCGGUUGGUACGCGGUGGCCGGGAUGUCCAGGGCAACAGCUUCACGCAGCUCCGUAUCCCUCCUGGAAAAGAAAAUGUGUCGCGCUCGUACAAAGAAUUGAUGCAGUCAUGCAUGACGUCAAGUGUUGUCUUCGCCGGCGUGGAAUAGCACAUGCAAAUCCACGGACUUAUUUAAUUCUUGCAAGAGUUUGUCAUGCUCAUGCGAUAGCGAUUCAUACAACCAGUGCGAACAAAUACGUUUCAUCCAUUGCAUACUCCUAGACCUGGAGCAGGACCUGACCUUCCUCACUGCGGACGAGUUUCACGACGCGCUGAACGACAUAUCCUGUGCAACCAUCAAGAACAACGCUUUCACUAUUACCGCCGCUUGCAUAGCCACGAGUUCUUCCCUGUGCACCAUGCUGUGAUCUGUCUAUGCAUUUGCAUGACGAAUCUAAAAUAAAAUCUUGAAACUUCAACGCUUGGAUGGAAGCUCAUCGGGUUGAUGUAAAAAUGUACUACUUACACGGGUAGAAGACCACGAUGCUGUUGUUGAUUUGUUUACACAGGAUACAUCCAUUCCUUGGUCAAUCUGCUUCACUGCUCGGAGGCAAACCAAAUCGCGGCCAACGACCCAAAUCGACACAUCGGCAUUAACGAACAGGGAUGGGACAGGGAAAAUAGCAAGGUGGUUACCUGACAUUAUAUUUCACUUCGGUGUUUUGGCUGUGUGGCGCUUGCUUUGAGAAAGAAAACAUCCUACAACUACAGAAUAAAGCUGCAUACUUCAUCUCAUCUGCUGCCUUUUCC